AUGAAUAAUACACUAUUUGCUUUUAUAUCAAUGUUAUGCUUCUUAGAAGUUGUUAUCUCUGCUCCUCCUCCUCCCUGUCCUUAAGGUACCUAUUCCCCUGAUGGAAUGAAUGAAAUGAGAAUUAGAUGCACCUUUUGUCUUCCAGGUACAACUACUCCUAGUGCUUAAACAAUAGGAACAGAUUAAUCUGUUUGCACUCUUAAAGCAUGUACUAAAGGUAACUAUUCUGCCUCAGGAUUUGAUACAGACGGAUCUGGAGGUGGGUGUACUGCUUGUAAUAAAGGAACAUCAACUCCUAAUACAUAAACAAUAGGAACAGAUUAAUCUGCUUGUACUUUUACUCUUAAAGCAUGUGCUAAAGGUAACUAUUCUGCCUCAGGAUUUGAUACAGACGGAUCUGGAGCUGGAUGUACUGCUUGUACUGCAGGUACAUCAACUCCUAACACUUAAACUAUAGGAAUAGGUUCAUCUGUUUGUACUGUUACUCUUAAGGCCUGUCCUGCUGGCUCAUAUAGCGUAUCAUCAUUUGAUACAGAUGGUAAUGGAUCUGGUUGUAAUAAAUGUGCUGUUAAUACUUACUCUGCUUAAGGUGCUACUUCUUGCUCUUCUUGCACUAAUAAUCGUACCUCUCCAGCUGAGUCUACUGCUGUAACUGCUUGUUUAUGUACAUAAGGAACAUCUGGCCCUACAGAUGGCGUCAGUUCAUGUUCCGCUACUACUAGUGGCUCAAUAAAUACUCUUUUAAUAUCACUCAUUUUUAUUUUAAUAUCUUUAUUCUGA